CACUGUUGACUUUUGUACUCGUUUAACACCGACGAACCUAGGACCAUUGCGUUCCUUUUACUCUGUUAUUGAGCAAGAGGGAGUACGACGUAGCAAACGUAGCGGAAGUGACAUUAUCGGGACCCAAACUCGACUCCUAUGGCGGAAACAAGACGACUGGGGGGUCAUAAAGCGACUGCCACAUGCUGCAUCGCUUCCCGGAGCCGCCCUGGCCUAGUAGCUACUGCGGCUGAGGAUGGCAACGUUUGCUGGUUUGAUAUGCGGUGCAAAGAUAUGAUUUUUACUACGGAUGUUGGGAAUCAUUAUCCAAUUUCGUCAAUCUGUUUCAACCCAGGAAAUGAAGAUAUAAUUUAUGCAUCAUCAGGAAAUGAAGUCAAGUGUUUCGAAGUGAAUAUGGGCAAGUCAUCAAAACCAUUGGAGAGCUACAAUUACAACAAGGAUGAAAUAAAUCAGAUUGCUUGCACUGUAAGUUCAUCUUUCCUUGCUGCAGCAGAUGACAGUGGAGAUGUCAAGAUUGUUGAUAUCCGUCGACAUUGCCUUUAUAAGACUCUAAGAGCAGGUCAUACAAGUAUUUGUAGCAGUGUGCAAUUUAUUCCCUGGAGACCUUGGGAAGUCGUUACUGGCGGCCUUGAUUCAAAGCUUGUUGUAUGGGACUUCUCAAAGGGGCGACCUAAGAAUAUUGUGGACUUCGAUGCGAAAAAUAAAGAGAACCAGGGACAGUGCUUGAACCCUUCUUUUGUCCACGCACUGGCACUUCCUGAAGUUGACAUGGUGGAUAAAGUGGGAAAGUAUUGUGCUGUGGCUAGGGGCGAUGGUGUUGUUGAUAUCUUGAAUAUCGAUUCGGAUCUCAGUUCUUCUUCUAAACCAUCAAAGCGCUCUUCUAAACCCAAGGAAGCUUCCCAAGUAGGGAACUUGAGACUAGAUCACACUCUAGGAGGGCAUACUGCCGCAGUUUCCUGUGUCGCAUUUUCACUGUUUGGAGGAGAGAAGGGGAAGUUUGUAGUUUCGGGUGGGAACGACAGGCAAAUAAGGAUUUGGGAUUGGUUAAAAGCUGUUAGUGAUGAUGGAACAACCACCAGCGCAGAUGUUUUGCAUCUCAAAUUAAAUUUAAGCAGAAAAGUGAACUGGCUUUGUACUGCCCCGAUCGACUCCGAUAAUCUGGUUGUGUGUGAUACAUCUAAAAUGGUCAAGGUUUAUACAAUUGCCUGAAUGUUUUAUUGUAGCAUUUAUAAUUGCAUUAUUCCCAGAACAAGCUAGUCUGGGGUGAUAUUCAACUGCAAGGCUGGAGGGGUGGGAGUGAAGGUUUUACCAAAGUGGUAACUGAUGGGUGCAGAGAUGUGCGAGUUUCUAAAGAAGCCUGUGUGGGAUGGUGGGGGUGGGGGUGGGGUGGGGGGGUCCGCUUCGGAGGAAUUUUAGAGAGCAUCGAGAUAGUCGCUUAAAAUCUUAGUUGCAAAACACUUGAACCGUGAAAUCAUUGUAAUAUUUCUAACUUGCCCGCGCGCAGUCUUGUGACUUGAAAUUUAAACAUUAGAUGUGCAAGUGUACUUUAAAUUUAACUCCCACCCUAAAUAAAAUCCCAAAAAAUAAAUUAUUGUCUGCAUGAAUGCAUGACUGCAUUUAGUAGUACUCA